UGAAUAUUCCCAGAGAUGCCCCAAAAACAGACACCUGGCUUGGGAGAAAAGUCCCAGGUCCCAUACUGGGCACUGCAGAUAAAGACGGGGAAAACCCACACGCUCAGGUCUCACUCAGCUUUCUGCAGGACUGCUGGCACUCCAGCACGCCAGGCGCCGUACAAGGAACACAGACAAACCGCCACCGCCCGCCCCCAGCUGAGCCCAGACAAGGACGGCUACGGAGACUGGCAGGCUUCUGCGCACGCGCCAGUCAGAAACACCUUUCAGCCAAUCCAGCACGUAGUUAUGCGCAUGCGUAUUAUCUCUAGAAAAACCUCAGUUCCGCCCUUUUGCGAGCAGGACAACUGCGCCUGCGCACUACCUCUAACCCGGAAGUGGCCUGGCCACGCGCCCGCGUUGCUCUGUUGUGUCCCGGAAGCUUCUCCAUUCUGCUUCCGGCCACCUCAGCUUUCUUGGGGGGGGGGCACCAUGUCGGGCGCGGCGGGUUCGGGGUCUGCGGGCUCGGUAGGUUCUGUGGUGCGGCGCUUCCUGGCGGAGUACGGCAGCGGCACGUCGAGCCGCCUCAAGGUGCUGGACGCAUACCUGUUGUACGUGAUGCUCACCGGGGCGCUCCAGUUUGGCUACUGCCUGGGUGUCGGCACCUUUCCCUUCAACUCCUUCCUCAGCGGCUUUAUCUCCGCCGUCGGCAGCUUCAUCCUCGGCGUUUGUCUCCGGAUCCAGAUUAACCCUCAGAACAAAGCCGAGUUCCAAGGCAUUUCACCAGAGCGGGCAUUUGCCGAUUUCCUCUUUGCCAACACCAUCCUGCAUCUCGUCGUUAUCAAUUUUGUUGGCUGAACCCUAGAAGAGUCUGAGGUCUUGAAUUCUUCUAGAACUCUAAUGCCAAAUCUUGUUAGAGGGAAGUGUUGUUUUCCAGCAGUAGCUGCUGCUUUGAUGAGAAAGGGGAGAAGCAGAAGUCAAAGAUUAUUCCCACAGACUGUCCUAUGGAGUGGUCUGCUGCCUCAUUCCAGUUACUGUAAUUAUUUCUUUAAAUAAAGCCCUUCAUAAUACUGCA